GCAUACGGCCGAGUUCCAACUGCAAUUGAAACUCGGACCCUGUGUAGCUCUCUCUCUCUCUCUCUCUCUCUCUCUCUCUCUCUCUCUCUCUCUCUCUCUCUCUCUCUCUCUUGGUGUGUGGAGUUAGUGGGAUCACCCUCUUGGAUGCGGAAGUUCCGGUGGUCGAAUGUUGCCUUGCGGAGAUUCUGACAUUCUGCUUGUAUCUCAUGUCUUUGCCGCUCUGACUGCCGACUUCGAUCUCUGUCGCGAGUUGCCAACAUUCUCAGAGGGUUCCGACAUCGUUUUCUUCUCGCGGGUUCAGGCUUUCAUCAUGUCACAGAACCGGGGGAAGGAACCGAUAGACUCGUCCACAAGCGCCCGACAAGGUCAUAACACGAAGACGUUUGACUCGCCGUUCAAGGUCGACCCGAAAGUCGACGGCAAGAGGGACGACCCAGUGUGGCAUUUCGUAGCCAGAGGACGUUACUUGGAUGGGUCGACGGCGGCGGAUAGGAAGUGCGGUCGUCGAUGUCUGUGCAGGUUGUGCGGGCGUUCGAUUUGUGGGGGUGUUAAAGCCACCAAGGAACACUUCUCGAAGAGCGAGAAGUUCCGUUGUGAGGCAGUCACUCCUGCUGUGUGGAAUACGAUCUGGUCGAAGGACAUGACAAAAUGUCCGAAGGAGUUCGCGUCGGCCAUAGAAACGUUGCAGAGCUUAUUGCCAGGUCAUCCGAGCUUGCAGUGGUCACCUCUUCAAUUCUCCAAGGACGCAGUGCUACCGCCGGUUCCUGCCAUCGCCUCUUCAGGACCAGUCGCAUCGCCCAAUUCUGGGGCUCCGGCUAUUCGAAUCACGAAAGCGCGUCCUGCAACAACAGUUGCAACACGACCGGCAGCCCCGACGUCUGCUCCGCUGGCUGUGAUACGAGGUGCUCGCGAUAUGGAAGUUGGUCGUUCCGUGCCAGCCAACGAGCCCCCGGCUGCGAGGAAUAGUGCGGGCACUGCGACAUUUGACGAGGACAGCACAUGUGCUUUUAUUGAGAAUCACAGGUGGGGGGGGAGUGCCGAUAGUUCAACCGUGCUCGCCCCUGUGUUCAGGGGUGCUAGACAGUCAGAUGCCGCACGGGUUGGUGUUGCGGUGGCGCUUGGCGCAUCGCCCCUCGGUUCAUCGGAGCACCCCUGGUUGCCACCGCCCCCGUCGCGAGUGGCGCAGCGUCGAGUGGUCCACCAGGCUCAUGCAACCGCCCUCCCGGAUCCGUCACACGCACCUGCAGAUGCUCGACAAUCUGCCUCCGUGCCUCGUUUCGGGGAACAGGUGGAUCAUGGGGUGCCUGCCGAGGAGGUCCCCACUCCGGUGUUCGAUUCAUCGCCGACCCCGAUUCCGACAACGACGGGUGGUGGUCGUUCUGCCUCACAACCUCCACCCGUGUUGACCGGAUCGUUGGACACUUUGCAUCGCAUUCGCGACUUUGCAGUCGCCUAGAGCGAGGCACCUGCGAGUCCUGGCGGGUUGUUGGAUGCCGGGGUCCUCAGCGGGAGAGCCACGACGGGACGAUGCCGGGGCACUUACAGGCAGCAGGCCGUC